AUGCCGUGCUGCUGCUCUGGCGGUCACCGUCUGGCGUACGCCAUCCCAGGUCGUUCGCCGCCCGACCCGCAGCUCUUUCCUCACUACAUGCAAAACGCGCAGAACCUGUGGUUGCACUUCAGCGAGUGGUGGCCGCACGGUGAUGGCGGCAGCACCCCAGUCCCACCAACUAAAGGUGUUGUGUUUAUCGUUCCUGGCUUGGGCGAGCACACCGGCCGCUACGACUCGGUCGCGCUGCGGCUCAAUCAGGAGGGCUACGUUGUGUUCUCCAUGGACAAUCAGGGCACCGGCGGCAGUGAAGGCGAGCGGCUCUACGUUGAGCAUUUCACUGACUUCGUCGAUGACGUCUGUGCGUUCGUCAAAUUCAUCCAGGCACGGUACGCGGCUCUCUCGAACCAGCCCACUUUCCUUUUAGGGCACUCGAUGGGUGGGCUGAUUUCCACGCUUGUGGCGCAGAGGGACGCAAUUCACUUUCGCGGUGUUGUGCUGAGCGGCCCCGCUCUGGGGCUGCCAAAGCCCAUCCCCCGUUUUCUGCGGUCCCUCACGCAUUUUCUCUCCAAGUGGCUCCCGAAGCUUCCGGUGCACAAACUCAACGCCAAUUUAGUCAGCUACAACCCCCCUGUCGUGCAGCUUGUGAAGCAGGACCCCUUUUACUCCAACGUGACGCUCCGUGCGCGCUUCAUCGAUGAGAUGCUCGAGGCUCAGGACCGCGCCGCAGAGGCCACGUCCAAGUCAUCGUUUCCUUUUCUCAUCGUGCACGGCGAGGAGGAUGAGCUCUGCUCCUUAGACAAGUCGAAGUGGUUCUUCAAGAACGCGCCGUCAACGGACAAGCACCUGGUUUCCUACCCUCGUGCUGCCCACGAGGUGCUGACGGAGCUGUGCCGCAGUGACGUGAUGGCGGAUGUGAUGAAGUUUAUCAACGAGCGAGUGAGGUGA